UCCAAUAUAUAUAAACCCUCCAUGCUCCAGAGAUCAACAUCAGUUUUCACAACUGCCCAUCAUGUUCAAGAACGUCGCCCUCUUCUUGGUCGGCCUCCAGCUGGUCUGUGCCUCCCCAAUCCUCUCUGGAUGUGGAUGUGGAUCCACUCUCCUUUCUGGCUCAUCCUACGCCGAAGGUCUCCCAGCUUCCCUCCCAGCUAUCUCUGAAAGCCUCCCAGCUGUUCUCCCAGCUGCCUCCGGAGUCUGGACUGACGGUUACCACGGUGCUGCCUGGACCGACGGUAUCCACCACUCUGCUGCCUGGACCGACGGUAUCCACCACUCUGCUGCCCCAGCCCUCUUGAGUGAUGGUAUCUCUACCGCCGGCCCCGUCUACAGCGGUGCUGAACCCGGUGAAUGUUUGACCCACCGCGUCGAGCGUGUUGUCAAGCCCGUAGUAGAUGAGUGCGUCACCAACGUACCAGUCGUCAGGAAGACCAUCAGGAACCAGGAAGAGUCUUACACCCGCCACGUUCCAGUCGUACACAAGUCCAUCCAGAACACUGAAGAGAAAAUCGUCCGUCACGUUCCAGUAACUCACAGGUACAGCCGCCCAGUCGUUGAGACCCGCACCCGCCACGUCCCAAUCGUCAAGACCAGGACCCGUACCGUCAUUGAACCAUACACCGUCCACGUUCCAGUUACCGACCGUUUCACCCGUGGAGUCGAAGAGUCCGUCACCCGCCACGUACCUGUUGUAGAACGCCGUUGCAGACCCGUCGUCAACGAAAUCCACCGUACCGUCCCAGUCGUAGAACGCCGUUGCAAGCCCGUCGUUGAGACCCACACUUCCGUCGUCCCAGUCAGGAGGAGGUUUGUCAAGCACCUCGUUGAACAGAAAGUCCGUGCUUUCCGUACCCCCCUUCCAUCCCCAUGCGGUCCAUACGCUGAGCCCCUCCUCUCCUCCGCCCCAGGAGUCACCGUCUCUGGAGCUCACUACGCCGACGGAGCCAUCCUCUCCCACGGCCCAACCUUCUCCUCUGCCCCAGCUGUCUCCAUCUCUGGAGCUCACUACGCUGACGGAGCCAUCCUCUCCCACGGCCCAGCUUUCUCUGCCCCAGCUGUCUCCGUCUCUGGCGCUCACUACGCUGACGGUACCGUCCUCUCCCACGGCGCAGCUAUCUCCUCUGUCUCUGGCGCUCACUACGCUGACGGAGCCGUCCUCUCCCACGGCCCAGUCGACAUCUCCGGCCCAGCUCCAAUCUACUCUGACGCUCUCCCAGCUGCCCUCCCAGCUGCUCUCCCAGCUGCCCUCCCAGCCCCAUGCGGCCUUGCUUACUAAAAAUUGUCUAGAUAACGAUUUUUAACUAGCUAGUAGGUCAUAGUUUUAUUUUUUUACUGAUUUUUUUAAAAAGCUUUGUAUAGUCCCACGGACAGGUUAGACUGCACAUUCAUAAUUGACUUGUUGCGGUGGGAAUCACAAAAAUACUUCAUUUGAGUUAAAAUGUAAAAAGUUUUAUUUUAAUAUGAUUUUUUUACGAGAAUAAAGAAAUUUUGCAAUCAUAUAUGUUAUCUUAAUCAUCUUCUUUCCUGAAAAUCAUUAUUUAUUGAUUUAUAAUUGUAUGUAAACCAAUUAUAAUUUAUUUAAUAUUAGGAAUACUAUUUAUUUUAUAAUUUUCUUUAAUUAUAAUUAAUCAUCAUCUGCUGAUUGUCACUUUCAUGGCAGGAAUCAAAAGAUCAAGAGAGGAAAAAAAAAUAAUAUGUUUAUAUAUGUAUAUAAACAAAGUGGAGCCUCUUUUCCGCUUUAGAUUUUUUUUAGAUUAUUAUGUUUAAAGGUUUAUGAAGAUAAUAUUAAAGUAAGGUUGCUAUACAAACAUUGAACAAACAUAAAUAAUCAUU